CAUGCAGACCUAAUAAAAACUCAGUAAAAUUGUUGGUGAUGAAACUUGGAAGGGCUGCUACGGUAUAAUUGAUGCAGUGGAUGCAGAGGACGAAGCGUCGAUGGUUAAUUUUUGUUAAUUCCUAUUAGUCUGAAAUAUGAAUCCUAGCUCGUAUGGAAGUGGCACUACAGACAGUCUGACAGAAGGGUACCACUUCAGAUUCAGAAUACUACUGAGCUAUUCUCACAAGUCCCAGCGCAAGGCGCUUGCGGCCGAAACCCGACAGGCCUACCGCCCUGCCGAAUCAGUCCACACUCCUCCCUCCCAGUCUCUCUUUCGCAUCACUACACCCACCUGAGCGUUCCCUUCUCUACCUCCCCGCCGAUGCGGUCUUCUCCUACCGUCGACGAUGCUCCGUGCCCCUCCCCCUCUGGAUUCUCGAUUUGUCCUGAUACUAACUCGAGUUAGCAAUUUCUUUCCGAUUUUUGUCAAUUUCUCGCAUGCAAGUAAGGGGAUAAUCCAGAAGCGAAGAGCUAUCUCCCGGAGGGGCGGCCGCUUUGGCCCAGGCGGUUGUGCUGCUGGCCUUGGGCCGGCUGCUUGUUCCUGCGUGUGCGUAGCUACGCGACCGUGGCGGUGGUUGGCGCUGCGGGGCGCGGUAGGCGAGGGUGUGUGCGCGCGGCGAUGCUCGUGGUGGGCGUGCGGCGAUGCGCGUGGUGAUGGACGAUGUUGCCAGAUGGACGGAGGCACGCGGCCUGGGCGCUGCUGAGCCGCUGCGCGCAUGGGCGGAGGAUGUGGCUGAUGGGAACAUUCGCGCCAGAAGGAGGUGCCGCCAGGCCCCCAGAGCCGUCGGCGCCGGCCAGGCUCGACCCCAUGGUCCUGACAUGGUUGGAGCAAGCGCAGAACUUGUGGCGGCCUGCAGUGAGAGGCCUAAGGUGAAUUGUGAGGAGAAAAGAGGAAUCUCCAUUUCGGCCAAAUUCUGGGACAGGGUUGGCCAGUCUCGCACCGAGCCAGACAGUGCCACCGCUGGCUGGAGCGGGUUCAAUCUGGAGUUGUGCUGGCUGGGCCUGGGAGAGCUGCUGCAAGCUGUUAGAGUUUACUUAGCGUUAGAGUUAAGCUAACAAGCAGUUAGCUUUGUCAUUAAGCUAACUACCUUGUAGUUAACAUGUAGCGUUGUCCAAACGCCAAUCACGUCUGUUCACAACAGACACUACCUUGUAAACCGCCAUUGAGGCGCCUGUACAGGGGCUAUAUAUAGCCCAACAAUCAAUCAAUAGAAUCACCUUUUUUGGAUUCAA